AUGCGGCGGCUCCCGGAGAGGUUCAGGAGGUUCAUGAACCACCCAGCUCCAGCAAACAGCCGCUACAAGCCCACCUGCUACGAGCAUGCUGCUAACUGCUACACACAUGCACUGCUGAUUGUGCCUGCCAUCGUGGGCAGUGCCCUCCUGCACCGGCUGUCGGACGACGGCUGGCAGCAGCUGACAGCCUGGAUGUACGGCCUGGGGCUCUGCGCCCUCUUCAGCGUCUCCACAGUGUUCCACAUCGUCUCCUGGAAGAAGAGCCACCUCAGGACAAUGGAGCAUUGCUUUCACAUGUGUGACAGAAUGAUGAUCUACAUCUUCAUUGCAGCAUCCUAUGCACCAUGGUUAAAUCUGCGUGAGCUGGGCCCUCUGGCGUCUCACAUGCGUUGGUUUAUCUGGCUGAUGGCUGCUGGGGGCACCAUUUAUGUCUUCCUCUACCAUGAAAAGUAUAAGAUCGUCGAGCUCUUUUUCUACUUGGCCAUGGGAUUUUCUCCUGCUCUGGUGGUGACAUCCAUGACCAACACGGAUGGCCUGCAGGAGGUGGCCUGGGGAGGUUUGAUCUAUUGCCUGGGGGUGGUGUUCUUCAAGAGUGAUGGAGUCAUCCCCUUUGCCCAUGCCAUCUGGCACCUCUUCGUGGCCACAGCAGCUGCUGUCCACUACUAUGCCAUCUGGAAGUAUCUGUACAGGAGUCCUGCAGACAUCAUUCGUCACCUGUGAGGCAGAGGGGAGCCCUGCCCUGGGCUUGGCCUCUGCAGCAGUGCUGAGCUGAG